AUUCAUUUGAAGCACUUGGUGCUCAUCAAGCGCAACAGAAGAGCAGGAUUCUACAGCUAUGCCAAGCUAUUCCAAGCUGCAACUUCUUCAGUGUUAUUCCUGCAUCCAGCAGAGCGCUCACUGCACUACUGCCAGAGCGACCUUCCAGAGGGUUCCUGAAUGUUUGCUCUAAUGCGGCGUUUCGUCCAUGCUGGAAGCCUUUCAAGGGCUUCAAUUUGGGAAGUGCUGCAAGCAUGGGCUGCCAGAGCAGCUGAAAAGCUUGAAGCAACUUCCAAGCUAUGGGCGGCAGAUGAUCUACGGCCCUGCAACUCUGAGAUCAGUUGGGGGAACAGUCUCCAAGCUGUGUCUUAUUGUCCUGGACACGAUAGCGCGAACACUUCAGAAGUAGCCUUGGAUUUGCAGGUUUCGUCUUGCGCCGACAGAGUAUCAAAGCAAUGGGCAGUAGGACUUGCAGCAAGACUAUUAAGCAGGACUUCUUGUCUUUUUGCACCACCACCUUUGGUGGCUUUCAGCCAGCUGAUUGAGCCUCGCUCAGACUAUGAUUAUGGCAGCUUGUACCAUAGACCAUAUACGACUGCGCAGCACACAUCCAUGGGGUCACCAGAUCUCAGAUCGUCUGAGCAUCAGAAGCACCAUGAUGGGAUAAGAGAGGAAGAAGCAACGACAGUGACAACUAAGGUCUGCAGCGAUUGCCAGAGGGAGAAAAGCCUGCGGAACUUUACCAGAUUGAUCAGCAGCCCAGACGGACACCACUUCUUGUGCAGGGCCUGCAAUGCCGAGUGGAUUGCUAGGUGUAAGGGUCAGACCUACAAGCACCUAGGGCUGUCAAGGAUGGAGUCCUUGGAGAGGAGCAAAACCUGCAACAGAUCGGAUCUUAUGCGAACUGACACUUACGGUCGGCCCGAGGAUUGA